AUUUUGUCUUGUGGCAAACUAGUGAAUAAAACAGAUUAUGAUCAUUUAUUGGGAAUUGCUAAUCGCCACAAACAUCCACAUAUACCAGAGCCUGAAGUGGCUUUAAUAUUCCACAAAAAGGGCCGUAGAACAUCAGAAAUAGAUCUGAAUGAUUUAGAACAAAAAUUAAUUAAAGCUAAAAAUGAGAAACCAGAUUCCAGUGAAGUUUAUAAUCAGAUUGGCAAUUUCUGGAGAAUCAAAGGAAACACACAAUUAUCUAUAGAAUGCUUCCUGAAAGCUCUGACAUUAUCUUCUCAAGAAUCUGGAAUUUUACUGAACUUGGCACGAGUUUUAUUCAACCUACAAUAUUUGGAAGAUGCAAUUAAAUUGACGCGAGAAUCGUUGAAAUAUCAAGACGCAAAUGAAAAUUCCUGGUUACAACAUUUUACGUUAGGUGAAAUUCUUAAAGCUUAUGAACUUUUUGACGAGGCGUCGUUCCAUUUUAAGCAGUGUUUAGAACUUAAUCCUGAAUUCCAACCUGCUAAAGCAAAUCUCCGCGAAAUGGAAGCAACACCAAAUCCAUCAAUUACACAAUACACAGUUUUUAUCAUUUUAUUUUUAGUUUUAGGUGUUUUAUUUGGCGUUGUAUCAUCAAUUGAGGCCAAUUUUGAAGGAAGUUCUGAAACCACGAAGGCCCCACGUCAUUUUAGUCGAGCAAUGGCUAUGCGAUCAAUAAAAUUAAGAAUAGAUCCUUCACGCUUGAUUCGGUUACGCAAAUUAAAUUGUUAA